AAGUCGCGAAACUUUAAAAAAGUCACAAAUCUCCCACGAUCCACGCAGCGUCGUGAUUUGACGAUGUUUCGAGACACGAUCAGGAACUUCAGCAUCAGCCUUGACGAGAGAAACACGUUCUCUGCAGGCGACCUUAUGACAGGAACAAUCAGUUUUGACUUAACAAAGGGGAUGAAGAUUAGCGCCUUGUCGAUGAAGAUAAAAGGAGAAGCGAAUGUGAAGUGGUCCACAGGAUCAAGGAGAACUCAGAGAAGAACCUACCGCGGAAGGAUGGAGUUCUUCUCCUACAAAAGCGCUAUCAUACAAACCAACACGGCUGCUGACGGGACAACAGAACUCGCUGCAGGCACGCAUAUUUACUCGUUUUCAUGCCAGCUUCCGGUGGGAAACUUUCCUCCUUCUUUUUGUGGAAUACACGGACGGAUAUCCUACUCACUAACAGUGAGCAUCGACAGACCGUGGCAUUUCUCCAAGGACUUCAGAACAGAACUGAACUUUGUCAACUACAUUGAUCCCCACCAGCCAGAGUUGUGGGCCCCGCUCUCAGGAUCAAACUACAAGACAUUGUGCUGCUUGUGGUGUGCAUCAGGUCCCAUCACAAUGACAGUCAGCUUGGAGAAGAAAGCCUUUAAACCUGGAGAAACGGCAAAAGUAAUGUGCAUUUUUAGCAAUGCUUCAACUAGAACGGUUACUCCAAAUGUGAAGCUCCAGCAGAAGCAGACGUACUACACCUACCACAGGACGAAUAGGAAAAAGGUGGCCUUGCAGUUAGCCAAGUUCACUGGGGACCCUAUCAGAGCUCACACUUCAGAUGUGCAAACUGAGAUGCUGCUCCCUAUUCCCUUAAAUGCACCCCCAACCAUCUUAAACUGCGCCGUCCUGGAGGUUGAAUACAUUUUAGAGGUAAGCCUCUGUCUUCGGGUAUCACCUGACCUCACUGUGGUAUUUCCCAUCGUGCUGUGUGAUUUGCCGCCAUGCUGGUAUCUAACAGAGUAGUCGUGAAAUGCAUAAAUGGUAAAAUGAUUUCUAAAAGUUGCAGAAUGUAAGAGGAGGUCCGCUCCUAUCAACUCUAUUAUGCUUACAAGUCGAGAUGGUGUAUUUAAAAGUUAAAGAAAACACAAGUGUUGCAUUAUUAUAUCUUAAUCUGUAUGUUCACAUUUAACAUUUUUGUACAGGUUUUAUAUCUUUACUUUGUUGAACAUCAUCUAUGGUCAUUUAUAUUUGUGUAUAAUUUGGAAUACCUUCACAGUGUCACUAAUUUGUUCUCCUCUGUUACUACAUAAUGACUGUUACAUUAUAAUUUAAAUUUUUUUUUACCACUAUCCUUCUUCACGGUGCCUUAUAUCUUUUCAGCCAUUUAAAUGCUUUUGUAGAUUUACAUUUUAGUCUGAAUGUAAUUCCUAAUGUCUGCAGUUUUACAAAGAAAACAUGCCAAAAGGCUGUAUGUUAAGAAGUGCCUCCUGGCUAAACAAAAACUGUUGAUUACUAAAUGUCUAAAAGAAGCACUGUGGGUCAACAUGAGGGUAUCCUGACAAGCAGUACUGUCAUUGUUGAUCUUAAAUUUUAUAGUAAAUAUGACCACAUCACUUUUACUCAGCAACAGACUUUAAGCACUUUGUACUGCCUUGUUGCUGAAAAUGUGCAAUAUUAAUAAAAUUACCAUUACCUCUAAUGCACCCAGAUGCGUGUUUCAUUAAUUUAUUGGAUUUGUUCUUAUAUCUGAGAAUAAACUACAUUAAUGUUUUUUUCCAGUCAAGUUCAGAAAAAUUUGCAAACCGUAUUUCUUUCUAAGAAGACAAACGUUCAAAACUUAUUCUUAUUGCUAUUUCAAUAUGAACGGUAAAUGUGGGGGGGUUUAAACAAACAAUCCUCUCCCUCCCUAACUCUCUUUACUGUCCGUAAAAUCUGGUGUCUACCAAAUCAAAACUUAAA